AUGAGCGGAUCAUUGAGGAGCUGCUUUGCGGCUCGGCCACUGGCCCGCAUCUCGCAGUCCAUUGCCUCCCGGAGCGGCGUCCAGGGCAUCCGGCCGCUGUCGCAGACGAGCGCACGACGAGACGACGCAAAGGAUGGAAAACCACAGCCGGCCAAGACGGUGCCGCCGAAGCCCCGGACGGAAUCGCUGCUCGACAGCAUCUUCGCGACCCAGCCGGCGUCCAACAGCCGGUCCGCGCAGCCAAACUCCAUGGCCAGCCUGUCCCAGAGCAUGGUCUUCCAGGCCCUCAGCAAGUCCAACAUCGACACCAGCGUGCUGUCCGGCGGCCCCUCGCAGGCGGCGCAGAAGAAGGACGACGAGCUGGAGCCGUACCACUUCCACGUCUUCUCGCACAAGCACAACACCCACAUCACCUGCACAAAGCCCAACCGGGAGCCCAUCAUCUCCAUGUCGUGCGGCAACAUUGGCUUCAGGAAGUCACGGCGCGGCACCUUCGACUCGGCCUAUUCUCUGACAAAAUACGUUUUGGAGCGAUUGAUUCACACGGGGUGGCCAAUGAAGAUCAGCCGCCUCGAGCUGGUUCUCCGAGGCUUUGGCCAGGGCAGAGAGGCGGCCGUCAAGGUGCUCAUGAGCCCCGAGGGCAAGGUGCUGCGCGACAAGAUUGUGCGGGUUGCGGAUUCAACCAGAAUCAAGUUUGCAGGAACAAGGAGCGAGAAGCCGAGGCGGUUGUAG